AUGAUCGAGGAACAAGUUCCGGGUGCCACCGAUGUCAAACGAAUCCCAUGUCGGAAGUUCAAAUUCGAUGUUCCACUUGGCAAACGUUUUAGCCAAGCCGCAUUGACAUAUGUUGCCUGUAUUCCGGUGCGUAGUAGUACUAGUGUCGACGUAGGCCAUAAAACUGCGAAUGAUGCGGGCAUCGAUGUUGAGUUAAAUCUGGACAAUUUUACAUCACCUCCCGCAACACAUAUUUACGAUGAACACCAAAAUACCCAAAUUUCAGCAUCACCUCCCACAACAAUUAUUCACACCGAACACGAAAUAUCAAAAAGUUCAACAUCAUCUCCCACAACGAAUAUUCACGCUGAACACGAAAAUUCGACGUUCAAGGGAUCAUCGCGUCCGUCUGAUGGAUACCUACUAAAUAUCUCCAGUGUGAACGAAUAUUGCGAACCAAAUGACUACCAAAAAGAAGCAUUCAAAAAAUACCGAAUUCAAAGUUGCCUAGACUUCUUGAGUAUGAACAAGUCAAGUUAUCUGUUUAAACCAGAGAAUUCGACUCUUACGUAUAAUGAAAAACCGAUGCAGUUUCACGUCUAUUGGAAGGGAAAGUUGAAUGACAAGAUUUCAUUAAUGAUCAGAUCUUUUUUGUACACUCAACCUCUUGAUUCUUCGGUGUUGAACGUGUGGAUGGACUCCAACGACGAAGAUCUCACCAACAAUUCCCACAUCAGACCACUUCUUAAAUUCUCACCUAAGAAUAUUCAAUUUCGCAUAUGGAACUGUACCGAACAACUCUCCCACGAUCCUAUUUACAAGGGAUGGAAAAGGAUUAUGAGAAAGCAGCUUAAAAAAAUUCAAACUGUCGGAUAUAGCGAUAUGGUUAGAUUUGUGUUACUCCAGAGAUAUGGUGGAUUAUAUGUGGACGCGGAUGUAUUAUUGUUGAGAGACAUGAGACCAUUGUAUUAUCUGGAUUAUGAAUGGUCAUAUCGAUGGAGCGAAUGGUUUCACUAUAACACUGCCGUACUAAGGCUUUGGAAAAAUAGUACGAUCGGUCGAACCAUCAUCUCAGCUGCCAUGAAACAUAAGAUGAAUUUUCAUCCGAUGAGAAUAAAGAAAUAUCUUGUAAGAAAGAAGAACAUAACCAGAUCGGAUGUCAACAAAAAACUUUAUAUGAUGCCGGUGACAAUGUUUGAUCCGUUGUGGUUAAAGAGUGAUCUAUCACUUAAGAAACAAAUAAUGGUACCAAACUUAUCCCAGUUCAAGGAUGUGUUCAGCCGGAAGUUGCUCAGAAAUGAAUUUCCGGGUGUAAACAAAAAGGUGACGAAAAACACGAAUGCGGAGAACAUAAAGCGUUGGAGAAAGAAAGAGAAAUUUUUCGAUGGUGCAUUCACAUAUCACUGGCACAAUAAUUGGAAUAGGCGUAUCAACAGCAUGUCCUGGAUGGGUAUACUUAAAAGGGGAUAUGAUGAUUUCUUGGAGGGAAAAGGUGCAAAUUUAUAUAACGAGUACAUCGUAACAUAA